CCGUCCCCGUCCCGGUCCCCAUCCUUGUCCCCGUCCCGCUCCGUGCCGCUCCCGGUGCCGGUGCCGGCCAUGAGCAAGCGGAAAGCCCCCCAGGAGAGCCUCAACGAGGGCAUCACCGACUUCCUGAUGGAACUGGCCAACUACGAGCGCAACGUGAACCGGGCCAUCCACAAGUACAACGCCUACAGGAAGGCGGCCUCGGUGAUCGCCCGGUACCCCAGCAAGAUCCGCAGCGGCGCUGAGGCCAAGAAGCUGGAUGGAGUAGGUGCUAAGAUUGCUGAGAAGAUAGAUGAGUUCUUAUCCACUGGAAAACUACGCAAAUUGGAAAAGAUUCGGCAAGAUGAUACAAGUGCUUCUAUCAAUUUCCUGACACGAGUUACUGGCAUUGGUCCUGCUGCUGCUAGGAAGUUUGUAGAGGAAGGAAUUAAGACUUUAGAAGAUCUUAGAAAAAUCGAGCACAAGCUGACCCACCACCAGCGAAUCGGACUGAAAUAUUUUGAAGAUUUUGAGAAAAGAAUCCCAAGGGAAGAAAUGCUGCAAAUGCAGGAAAUUGUGCUGAAAGAGAUAAAGAAGCUGGACCCAAACUAUAUUGCUACAGUCUGUGGCAGUUUUAGACGAGGUGCAGAGUCAAGUGGUGAUAUGGAUGUUCUCCUGACCCAUCCAAGCUUCACAUCUCAGUCCUCCAAACAGUCAAAACUUCUGCAUCAAGUUGUAGAACAACUGGAAAAAGUCCACUUUGUCACAGAUAUGCUGUCUAAAGGUGACACCAAAUUCAUGGGUGUCUGUCAGCUGCCAGACAAAGAAGAUGGAACAGCCUAUCCCCACAGAAGAAUCGAUAUCCGGCUUAUCCCCAAAGAUCAGUAUUACUGUGGUGUGCUGUACUUCACAGGGAGUGACAUAUUCAAUAAGAACAUGAGAGCUCACGCUCUGGAGAUGGGCUUCACCAUCAACGAAUACACGAUCCGCCGCUUGGGUGUCACUGGAGUUGCUGGAGAGGCCCUGCCAGUGGAAAGUGAAGAAGACAUCUUUGACUACAUCCAGUGGAAGUACCGGGAGCCAAAGGACCGGAGUGAAUAACUGCUUGUCUGGGCAGCCCAACUUUGUCCUGGGCCUCGAGGCAGAACUCGCUGGCGUUGCAGUCUCUCUCUGUAACACUGUGAAUUCUUCCAUGUG